AACUCGUUUUACUGUGCAAAGAAUGAAACAGUUAUCUAGCUAGAGCUACAUGCUAUGAGACAGACAGUUAUCAGCUCAGUGUUGAAGAGUAGGCCAGUGGGAGACGUGACGCGUCCACCAUGGCCCAGAACCAGGUGAUCCUACAGUUCCGCUUCACCACAUUUGGGGACUCGAUGUUGCAGAAAAUGAACCUCUUGCGACAUCAGAGACGCUUCUGCGAUGUCACUGUGCGUAUCAACCAGCUGGAGGUGCCUGGUCACAAGGUGGUGUUUGCUGCCGGCUCCUCUUUCCUGAGGGACCAGUUCAUCCUGCAGCAGGACUCCAGGGAGGUUCAGAUCUCUAUGAUCCAGGAGGCAGAAGUUGGUCGGCAGCUGCUGCUGUCCUGCUACUCGGGCCAGCUGGAGUUCCCUGAGCUGGAGCUGGUGCAUUACCUGACUGUUGCCAGCUUCCUCCAAAUGGGCCACAUCGUGGAGCAAUGCACUCAAGCUCUCAGCAAGUUUAUCAAACCUCUGCCUUCACGCCCAUUAGAGGUGGAUGUGGACCUGAGGAGUGAUAAAAGUGAGGAAGGUCUAUCCUCACAGACCCAGAGAGAGCAAGAACCCUCUGAGGUGCGAACUGUCCAUCAGGAGGAUGAAGAGGUAGAGCAGGUGGAGGAUGACAACAAUAUUGAUGACGAUGAUGAUGAUGACGAUGAUGAUGAUGUAAUCAUACAGCCUGAUUCACCUCCUCAGAUAUUAAGCAGUCGUCCGAGGCAGAGUGUCACAGAGAGCGACAUCACUAUCGUAAAAGUCGAGUCUGUGUCUGACACAGCAGAGAACUCCAUCACUGGUCACUUUCCCACCAGCCCACCUGCUGCCCUCCACUCUCCUGAGCCCCAGCACUCCCUCAUCAACUCCACUGUGGAUAGUCGAGGCAGUGAGAUGACAGUUCCACCUGGUGUGUCUGGAUACCCGCUCAGCCCCCCUCCUUCUUCCCCUCCUUCAGAUAAACACAUCGGGCACCAGAGAAACUAUGACAAACCUCUCCAGUGGUACCACCAGUGCCCAAAGUGUUCCCGUGUGUUUCGCCAGCUGGAGAACUACGCCAACCACCUCAAGAUGCACAAGCUGUUCAUGUGCCUCCUGUGUGGAAAGACCUUCACGCAGAAAGGGAACCUGCACAGACACAUGCGCGUCCACGCUGGCAUCAAGCCCUUCCAGUGUAAAAUCUGUGGUAAAACCUUCACCCAAAAGUGCUCCUUACUGGAUCACCUAAACCUGCACAGUGGGGACAAACCACACCGCUGCAACUACUGUGACAUGGUUUUCGCUCACAAACCAGUUCUCCGUAAACACCUCAAACAGAUCCACGGUAAGAACAGCUUUGACAACGCCAACGAAGGCAACCUGCAUGACGGAGGGGUUGACUUUGAUUUUGGCCGAAUAUAAACACGUGGACCUCUCUGUAGCUAUGUUCGAGGCCUUUUGUUAUUUAAACGGCUGUGAUGCAAACUUCUUUUCAGAUCAGACAUGACUCCCAUAAGUCCUCUUGAAAGUGAAGCUGGAGCAUAGAGACUGUUACCUUUUGUAUAAUAAGCCGAUCAUCGUCUAAGAUGAGCGAGUGAGUGAACACAAUGGCCGGUGUCGCUGCCUCAUCCUGCUGGGUCUAUGUGGUGAACAUGAAAAAGUUUUUCUGAUCUACAUUUCACUGUAGCUUCAUUACUGUGGACUAUCUUCAUUCUUGUGCUACAAUACAUUCUAGAAGCCUUCAUACUGUACUUGAAUAUUCAGCACUGAAACAUAAUGACUGUAUAUCAAUAGUUUUAUAUUGAAUCGACAUGUCUUUGUGUCUGCGUUGUCUGAGUAAAAAAAAAACCCAUUGCAACAUAAUGUAUUGGAUAUAUAUAUAAAUAUAUACAUAUAUGAUAUUCAUUUGUAUGUUAUGUAUACAAUCAACUGUAGCCUUUUUUCCUCCAUGUGUGAAUAUGACGUCAUGAACUUCAUAAGAGAAACUUGAAAGAGGGUGGGGUGGAGAAUAUUUUAUUGAAGGCAAGCUAAACCGGUGAAAGCUGGGAUGCCAAAGUGUCCAUGUAAACUGAGCUGUUUCUCUUUUUUUAAACACACCUUAUAUCUGAGGUACUUCUGGACCAAAGUGACUAUCUGUCAUGUGUUCAUGGAUUUCAGUGUGUGUUACUAAUUAAACACUUGACUCUUAAAUCAAAGAGCUUUUUAA